AUGUCGGGUGCAAGAAUUCGCUCACUGAGGGCCAACGGUCAGCGAAGCGGGUGGCUGGGAUCCACCAGGGAUCCACCAGGCGGCACCUCAUUGGCGUGCGAUUCUAUCUUUGGCACGACAGGAGGGCCACAAGAGCGGACUGCCGGUGCCGUUGUAUCGGGUGCUCGAUUCGCACUCGUCGCCGUCGAUUGCGGAAGCGCGACAACGGGCCCGGAUGUCGCUACUCCCGAGUCGGGUACCGCGCGCCUGUCAGAGGAGGCUCUAUCCGGCAAGCGCACGGCUGCGUGGCUGUCGGGCACUGGCCUCGGAUCGGGCUGGCUGGCGCAAGCGGUCGCGUUAGCCUCCCCUGCGAAGAUCACCUUCCCGUCGGGCCAGUCACAGGCCACCAUGCCCUGGUCGCAGCUGCCAGAGUGGCCUGACCUACGCGCCGGCUUCCAAUGUCGCGCUGGAAAUCCCUUCCCCCCACCUAUGCCCGCACAGGCCUGCGGCGACUCGCAGCGUGCAGGCACGACGGGCAGCGACUAG